AGCGUAUUUACCAAGGCAAGCAAAACGAGCGAUUUACGGUGCAGCAGAGGUGGUCAAUCUUCUACCUUCCCACAACGAAUCAGCGUUGGCCAGCGCAACGAUGGAGGAGCAAUUGUAAUCACUGUUACUACUGAGGAGAAAAACACUAAAGCCAGUGACGGCGACAUUAGAUGCAAAUGAGGAAAAUCCAUCUCGCGGGUUUAACAAGCCCACGGCCUUAUGAACCGUAAAAAAUUGUGAUCUCCUUUUUUUUCUUCGAAACAAGUUAUAAAAGAAAUCAAAUCAAUCGUCUCCCAAACGUUCAAAAGCAGAAAAGUUGAAACCGACGCUGAAAUCAAAAUACGCAAAGUUGAGUCGCACCAUAUUGAGCGAGAGCUUGUCCAGGCAAACACGCACAGAACAAGUAAAUAAGAUCGAUGUACGAUAGCCAUCGAAUAGUUUCGACAUCAUCCUAGCGACGAGCACCAAAACAACAAACGAACAAUACAAAUACACAAAGAACAACUUAGCACGCAUUUACGACAUUUCGGUUCCUCACGCCAGGCAUAGCACCAACGAAGCAAGGAGAGGUUGAACGAAGGACAACACUUUGGAUGCCACUGGCAGCGCGGCGAUCGUUGACUAGCCUGACGGUUGGAAUAGUUAUUUGCGUGACACCUGCUAAAGAUCGCCAGACGGAAUUGGCCCAGCAGCAAUUGUCGCAUGAACAAAAAGUAACAACAAAAAUAGUGUAAACAGUUUUAGUAAAAUACCGUUAUUUUAUGCUGGAAUGUGAACAUACGCUUCAAGCAGAUUUCAACCCGUUUGAUGAUAUUGCAGCAUCCGCUAAGCAUCAGGAAGGUCCGGCACCGGUAGAUACAAUAAGCCUAUUCUGAAUUACAACAACAGCAGUAACACCAACGAAAUCAAUACUGUUUCCUCACACCAAAAGGGUCCACUUUUGGGCGCACUACAAAAGCGACGGACAGCCCAUAACUCGGUAACGAAUCCAGAUGUCACGCGAAACAUACCUUACACACUGUAGUUAUCCCAAAUUCCGUGUUGCGGUCUGAUCAACCAAACCAAUGAAUGAUAUUUUCAUUUGCUAAUUUCAUACGCUGCUGCACUGUUUUAAAAACGAAGCCAGAGUCGUUUUUCAUCAACCAUACCAACAACAAGCAGGCGUCGAUUUGAGUAUGGUUCCUUACUCCUGUGUAGUGUUUUUGCCGGUAAACUUCGAAACAUAGUAGUGCAUUGUGCAACGGGUUUUGGUGAAGCGUAAAACACAGUACUUCGUAUCAAAUCGUAGCUGAGUCAUCAAAACAAACGGAUAAUACAAAUUCGAAGUACAAAUCAAUGUAAUUGAUUAACCCUCGAAUCCAGAUUGAUUUCUCGCCAGCUAACCAAAAGCUCAAUAUUAUGAUCCAAACUCAACCUCAGCCGUGAAUAGAAAUAGUCUCCCCGUUCAAGACAAUUGUGUUGUUUAGAUGGUGCGAUGAAAUGGCAGAUUUAGUUCGAAUCAUGUCAGUCAGUGAUUAAGGCGGAAAACAGCAAUAUUUUCGACGUGCGUGGAUUAUUUUACGAUAAGAUACAAGUUUACAAAAAGGCUCACAAAACGUGUCUUGGUGAAAAACGCACAAUAGCAUACGGAACCAGUUUGGAAAUACAAAUCUUUCGUUAAAUGCAUACGCCGGCUUUAGUUAAAAAAAGUGGUAAGUGAAUAACAACAACAUUUUCACUCAAGACUGAUUUGUAUUGUGCUAUGUAAGGAAGUUCUAGUGACGGAACCAAGUUCUGCCACUUUCUUAGUCCUGUCGGUCGGAUCUAGCUGGAUCUACAGACCCAGUCCGGAAACAGAUGCGGUAGUUUGACUGGGUCAACAAUAAUUAUACAUACGGAUAGUGAAGUGUAAAAAAAUAUAUGAAACAAAUGAGUGUGAACUGAUAGUGCACAGAUGGUAAAAGUGAUCAUCACGCGCGUGAAAUUAAAGUGUGCGUUCUGAAUGGUAGAUUGAACAUGUAAAAAGUAGAAGACUGCCUGCCUUGCCUAAAGCACUCCGGUGAUGAGCAGCGAGACUACGGAAAACGGAAAACAGUUAGAGAAAAAAAUACAAAUAAAACCGUUCUGUGAUAACAAUUAAAAAUUAUAAAAAUAUAAGCAUUUGUUUACUAAAGUAAACCGAAUACAACAGAGGUUGCUUAAAAACUGGAAACAAACGAAACAACGUACGCCGUCACCAUUUUGAGUGCGUCGGCCAAAACUGGCCCAGGACACAAACCGACAGCAAAAGGAAAUACUGUGGUAUUAAGGUACGUGAAUCGCCAUAGUGUUACGAAAAUCAACGUGCAAAUAUUAAAGUCACGCAAAAAUCGCAGCGAAAUUGUGUGACAUUGUUAGCCAGGUGAUCAAAACGAGCAACCAUAAAAACAGAACACUGAAAAUUUAAGUGUCCCAAGUAAUUCCAUGUUCCAGCCGUUUGAACCCGCACUAAAAGUUAAUGUGGUGGUCAGUGAUCGUGAAUUGAAUGCUUCGCAAUAUUGAAACAGAUCCAGCUAUUCUUCUAUGACGUGGUUUGUCAAUCCUUAUCAUUGAAUGGUUAAGACAAAAUAAAACAGAAACACUUUGAGUAAACUAAGAACUUAAAACUCCAAUGAACACACAUUGCACGAAAGUAGCGAUAACAAAAGGCAACAUCUUUAUGUGAUCUAUCUUCUGUGAACCUGAACGAAGCCGACGAAAAUCGUCGAAGAAGCGUUACAUUUUAUUGACCACUUUUCGAGAUUACGUUGGAUAACUAUUAGUUAUCAAUUCGAUUGUACGCUAUCGUUCGGAAAUACAAAGCUAGAAAACUCGCCCUCUGGACAACUACCUUUUCCCAAAUCCCGUUUUGGUUUGAAGUUCCGCAUACUGGAGACGAUCACUUUCUGGACUUCAAGGCUGAAAAGUGUACAGAGAGUUUCAAUCGAAAGGAGGAGUGUUAAAAAUAGGUUCGCCUUCAAAGCGGCAUCGUGUGUAUUACUCAAUUUCCGGCAACGACUCGAGUGUUGUACGUCAGGUUUACAAAACAACGGACCGAAGCUAGUUUAAUAUUCCGCGCAUUCUACAAAUAAUUUAUCGACACUAUCCCCACGCAAACAAUUUAGUGAUAUAUUCGCAUUUGUUGAAACUGACAAGUAAAUUAGUGGAACCAAGAGGUGAGAAAGUAAACAAUCGAUAAACAUAAGUUGCGCUACAACCGGAAACACGGAUAUCUCAUAAGGCUGAUUUGUGAAUAUAACGGAAACCAAACUACGCGAUAACGAAACAAAACCUACAAAACUAUAAAAAACGAAAGUGAAAAGACUAGAGCCCCAGUGCUCACCUAGGAUAUUGAGAUAAAACAAUUAAGCGAAUGGUGUAAUACUGGAAAAGUCCUGCAUAACCGCUUCAUCCAAUCGCCGUAUACCGCGCUCGGUUAAAGAACAAAACUUUAUUAUCCAGAAGCCAAAGGUUACUGCUCUGUUCAUUGCGUUGCUGCACAUUAGCCAUUACCAAUGAACUAAUAUGUAUCCGAAAACCUCGAUUGGUGAACUGUAAAGAAGAAAGCGAACCCGUUCCAUUCCUCGGACCAUAUCAAAUCGCGAGUGUCACAAAUUGAUCAACAAUAGUAUUGUUUCCGGCUUUUUGCGUUAAACGACCACGAAAAGCUUACGUGUCGCGUUUCGUGGACCUUGCAAUUGUUAAAGACUACGAGACAAUUGCGCUAGAACUUGUUUGCGACAGGUGACUAUCUAAGUUUGGCCGUUUAAAGUAAUCAGUCAACACUUUUCGAAAGAAUAAGCGCCUCAACUGUACGAGCGUUAUGGGAAGCCAAACGAAACCCUUCCGAUCCACUGAUGCAUCGUUCAUGGAUUACGUUGCAUACGGUGGUCCGCGUAGUGAUGUGUUCUUCAGCGGACAACCUGCGAACCAACCCUCUGGCCCGAGGCCUCCGGUAAAUCCUUCUAAUGUGUUCCCACCGAUUGGUACGUUCAGUUUGGAGUCGAACCCCAUCAACACUCCGGCGCAAAGUGUUUUCGGUGGCGGAGAUGUGAGCGUGUUAGGCAAUGCAGGAACGUCCGGGUCGAUUGGCGUGUUUAACGCCAAUGCGAUUAUGAGUGUUCCGAACAGCAUGGGAGGAACACCAAGCAAUCCUUUUUCGAACCAAACAAGCAACGGUGCCGAUACCAGUCAGGGAACCCGUGAAACUGGUAUCAUUGAAAAACUUCUCCAUUCGUACGGGUUUAUACAGUGCUGCGAGCGGCAGGCUAGACUGUUUUUUCACUUUUCGCAAUUCGGAGGUAAUAUUGAGCAUCUAAAAAUUGGCGAUCCGGUAGAGUUCGAGAUGACGUAUGACAGACGCACCGGGAAACCGAUCGCUAGCCAGGUCACGAAAAUUGCCCCCGAAGUGGUCCUCUCGGAAGAGCGCGUCACUGGAACGGUUACAACGGAACUUAAAAGCGAAUCGUCCGGUAACAGCACGUCUACUUCGAGCGACACUACGACCGGUAGAAUCAGUUAUGAAAAUCGCGGUGAAUGUUUCUUCCUACCCUAUACCAAAGACGAUGUCGAAGGCAAUGUUACGCUACGUGCUGGAGACAAGGUUAGCUUUCAGAUAGCUACUAAUCAAAGGGGAAAUUUAGGAGCUUGCCACAUACGGCUUGAAAAUCCAGCCCAUCCGGUUAAGUACCGUGGCGUUGUAUGCUCGAUGAAAGAUACUUUCGGUUUCAUCGAGCGGGCGGAUGUUGUGAAGGAAAUUUUUUUCCAUUUCUCCGAAACGGACACUACCAUUGAACUUCGUCCCGGGGACGACGUUGAAUUUAUUAUUCAAACUAGAAAUGGAAAGGAAGUUGCUUGCAAUAUCGCUCGCUUAGCACCGGGAUCAGUCAUUUUCGAGGACGUUGAUUCAACCAUCUACAAGGGCCAAGUCUUGAAACCGUUGGACCGAAAUAAUCCGGCACGACAGCAAAACAACGAUCCUCUGCCGGGCCGCAUACGCUAUCGUGCCGCCGAUCACUCGGAGGUCGAGGUGUCCUUUGGUGAUAAAGAUCAAAAAGGAGACUACACGUUGCGUCACGGCGACUGGGUGCAAUUUUUGUUAGCCACUGAUCGGCGUGAUCAGUUGCAACGUGCUACAUCGAUUUCAUUGCUGGACGAAACAUUCCAAGUUAGCGGCGAAAAACGAGAGCAAGGUGUAGUGGCGUCCCUGAAGGAAGGAUUUGGUUUUUUGCGCUGUGUUGAGCGAACCGUAAGAUUGUUUUUCCACUUCACCGAAGUAUUGGAUACGAGUCGCGAAAUUUGUGUUGAUGAUGAGGUUGAGUUUACGGUCAUCCAGGAUCCAGGAUCAAGUUUUGCCAACAAUCGACAGAGUGCAAUUCGUAUCAAACAUUUGCCCGUCAGUACGGUGAAGUUUGAGACGCUGAUCGAAAGCAAUGUCGACGGAAUCGUGUCACGGGAGGCACCUAAAAGCCCCAUCAAAUCGCAAGAACGCACCGAAGGUGGUGUUAUAACCUAUGGCGAUGGUCAAACCAAAAAGACUAUAAUGUAUUUCUUGAAAGAUUGUGAUAAGCCACCGCGUGUGGGUGAUAAAGUAAGAUUCAAUAUUUGUCAGGUUAAAAGAAAUAAAGAAUUCAUCGCUACAAACAUCCAGGAGAUUACAUCUAAUACACAACCAAUUCAACAACCGUCACAACAAGUUUCAUUAGUUGCUGAGGGGCAACAGCUUUCUAUAACGAUGCACCAAACAUCUCAAUCACCAACGGAAGGACUUACGAAUGGUACCAGAGCUAAUGGUAACUCCAUUCUGAAGUCUAACUAUACAAACGGUAAUAUUAAACCUGGAAACAUUCACCAAGGAUUUAUUGCAGUCUUAAAGGAGAACUUCGGAUUUAUUGAAACCGUAGAACACGACCAAGAAGUGUUUUUCCAUUUCAGUAACUUCGUGGGUAACAGUAACACACUGGAGUUAGGCCAAGAGGUAGAAUAUACGCGCUCUACGCGCAAUGCCAUGAACACAGGCAACUGUAUUCCUGCGGAAAAUGUUAAAGUUCUACCGAAGGGAACCAUCGUUCAACCGAAGGUUUUGCCAGAGAAUUUUAAUGGUUCGGUGGUUCGCCCAUUGAGAUGCAUAAACCCAGACCAGGAGGAAUACUGUGGUUUGGUGCAAGUAAAAAGCGAACACGGCGAUUCCCUUUCAACUCAUGAAUUUGGCAUAACGAGCUUGAAAAAUAAACGUGAUUUACUUCAGAAAGACGACGUCGUUACAUUUAAAAUCGAUGAAUUGAGCCGUGCAAUGGAAAUUGCUCCGGUUCGCACGAAGAAACAGGCCAAAGUAGAUUCGAUUAAGGGACAGUUCGGGUUUCUUGAUUUCGAGGUGGAUGAGGGCAAGAAGUUGUUUUUCCACAUGUCAGAAGUUCAGGCCAACGCCAAUCUGUAUCCGGGUGAUUUUGUGGAAUUCUCUAUUGUUACAAAUCAACGUAAUGGAAAAACGUCUGCCUGUAACGUUAUCAAACUGAUCGAUGCAAACGGACCCCGACCAGAACGAAUGAUCUCUCGCAUCAAAUUAAACUCUGUUGACGAGAGCAGGCCUCGCUUGACUGUCAUUCGUGCACCUAAAGGACCAGACGGUACAAAAGGCUUCCAAACAUCAAUCAGAGUUCCGCGUGUACUGACAAAAAGCGUCGAAUAAGAAACUUCAAUCAUGUUCAUCAAUUAUAAUAAAAUUGUAUCAACUGAACCCGCAUUAUUUUUAUUUUCGAGCGAUUAAGUUGAACGAUGGUCCAUCCUAAAUCAAACAUCUGAAAUUUGAGCAUUCAAAAAUAACUCGGUUCAAGUAUAAACAACAGAGAAAUGACAUACAAACACACGAAUCGACAGAGAGGUUAUAUUGUUUCUAUUGUGUCGGUGCAAAAGAAAAUAAAAACAUUAUGCAGACUUUUAGUUAACUAAUUUCUAUUCUUUAUAUUGUACGAUGCAGUACAUCAACAACAAACAAAACCAAAUAAGCGAUAUGUAUAUGCAUCAGAAGGCAACAAGAUAAAAGGAAAUAGAGAUUGCUGGAUAGAUUGAAAUGAUUUUAAAAAUUGAUGAACACGACUUUUCCGUAACAGCCUUCCGGCCAAGUUUUGUUUAUGCAAGCGUCUCCUUUUUUCAAAUAUAUGAAAUAAAAACCACAAUUUCUGAUACUAGGAAAAUCUAAAAGAUUGAAGAAGAAAUUUAUAUUAUUUUUCAUUCAGAUUGAGCGUUUUUGUUUUCAAAUUUAUUUCUCAAUGGGCGUAAGCAGAGCCGUGAGCAAUUCAAUCAGUUUAAAUAACGACUCAUAUUUUUCACAGUGACAUCAUUCUCUAAGUAGUGCUUCAUGAAACUGAUCAAACUCUAUGUUCGAAUCUAAUUUCGCGAGUCCAUUGGAACAAACCACGAACUGAAAUGUCGACAUUUGUUCGCCACGGUUGUUCGGGACAUGCACGAAACCAUACAACAUCGCGAAUUGUUGGAAAUUGCAAAAUUAGCAAAUUGUGGCGAAUUUUUUUCUUCGAUUGCCGGAAUUUUUGUUAAGCAUUGUUACAAUUCAAUUUACAUUUAGCAUAAUAUUAAUGGAAUAAAGUCAAGUACCAAUCAUUCUAUAAAAGCGA